AACAAAAGUGGAUCAACUUGGCUUGAGAUUUCUACUUAUAAAAAUGGCACCAAGUGUGAGUGUUAAAACCACACUUUCCAACCAAACUCUAUCUUAUCUUCUUCAUCAAUCAACAGUUAUGACAAACCAUCUUCAAGAACACUUGACCACUUGCCCAAAACGGGUUCUAGCCAAAGAAGAACAAGAAGUGAACGAGAAAAUGGUGAGCUUGCAAGCAGAGACUAUCGUGAAUACUGUGGCUUUCCCCAUGGUUCUUAAAGCCGCCUUGGAGCUUGGCGUCAUCGACACGAUCGCUGCUGCAAGAAAAGGCACAUGGCUCUCACCGUCUGAGAUAGCAGUUAGUCUCCCAAUCAAACCCACUAACCCGGAGGCGCCCAUGUUGCUGGACCGGAUGCUGCGGUUACUCGCCAGCCACUCCAUUUUGAAGUGCGGUAUGGUUGAAAGGAAAGAAAAUGGUCAAACCGGAAAGAUCGAGAGGGUAUAUGCAGCCGAACCGAUUUGCAAGUUUUUCUUGAAAGAUAGUGACGGCUCUGGUUCUUUCUCGUCUUUGUUCUUUUUGCUCCAUAGCCAAGUCAUUUUGAAGACUUGGACAAAUCUCAAGGAUGUGAUACUAGAAGGAAAAGAUGCAUUCAGCUCUGCCCACGGCAUGAAAAUAUUCGAAUACAUUAAUUCGGAUGGGCAAUUCGCUGAGCUGUUUAGCCGGGCAAUGGCGGAAUCGUCCACUAUGGUCAUGAACAAAGUUCUAGAGUUUUACAGAGGAUUUAAACAUGUUAACACUUUAGUGGAUGUAGGAGGAGGAGUUGGCACCAUAUUUGGUAUCAUCACUUCGAAGUAUCCUCAUAUCAAGGGUGUUAAUUUCGACUUAGCUCAGGUUUUAUCUCAUGCUCCUUUUUAUCCAGGUGUCGAACAUGUCUCGGGAGACAUGUUUAUAGAAGUUCCAAAGGGAGAUGCCAUCUUUAUGAAAUGGAUACUACAUGAUUGGCCGGACGAGCAUUGUAUAAAGAUUCUGAAAAAUUGUUGGAAAAGUCUACCAGAAAAAGGGAUAGUGAUCAUCGUAGAGAUGAUUACACCAGUGGAACCAAAGCGUAAUGAUUUUUCCUGUAACACUGUGUUGGGGAUGGACUUGUUGAUGUUAACACAAUGCUCGGGUGGUAAAGAGAGAUCUCUUUCGCAGUUCGAGAGUUUAGCAUUUGCCUCAGGUUUUGUUCGAUGUGAAAUCAUACGUGGUCUUGCUUAUUCUUAUUCUGUUAUCGAAUUCCACAAAUAAGGUUUUAGCAUUUACGAAAAUAAAACAAUGAUUGGUCUGGUGCAUGUAAUAUUAAGGCUGUGUUAUCUUUUUCUAAGACUGGUGAUUGUUUUGUAUUAACCGAGUGCAAUAAUAAUGGUGACAUAAGUAUGAAAGUAUGUUUUGAGUUUUUUUUGAGUUUGUAACUGAAACAUUGCGUCUUA